AUGAUCUUCGCCGCCCGCCAACUUCAGGAGAAGUGCCAGGAGAUGCGGACCCACCUGUACUCUACCUUCGUGGACCUGACGAAAGCCUUCGACACGGUGAAUCGUGAUGGACUGUGGAAGAUCAUGCAGAAAUUCGGCUGUCCGGAGCGAUUCACUCAGAUGGUGCGUCAGCUGCACGACGGUAUGAUGGCGCGAGUCACGGACAACGGAGCUGUCUCAGAGGCAUUUGCAGUGACCAACGGAGUGAAGCAAGGAUGCGUGCUGGCGCCUACCCUCUUCAGUCUUAUGUUCGCUGCCAUGCUGAUGGACGACUACCGCGACGAACGCCCGGGGAUCCGACCCGCCUACUGGACGACGGUCACCUGCUGA